AUGAGUGAUGAUAAAUCAUUAAAUCUGGUUGAAACGAAGAAAGAGAAUGCGGAAACCUUACCUUCCAAGACCAACGUUACCGCCGAAAAAUCAUUUGGGAUUAAGCAUAAUGAAUCAAUUGACAACCCAUAUGAUCCCCAUCCAGCCUGGAACCCUCCACAUGAGGUUCCGAUUACUCGAUGUGAGGUUGAGGCAAUAUUCUUACAACUAACUGAUGUGUUUGGAUUUCAGUAUGACAAUACAAAGAAUAUGUUUGAUUAUCUCUUUAGAUUAUUAGAUUCUAGGGCUUCAAGAAUGGGACCAGUUCAUGCACUUCGCUCACUACAUGCAGAUUACAUAGGCGGGCUAAAUUCUAACUUUAGAAAAUGGUAUUUUGCAGCUCAGUUGGAUAUUGAUGACUCUGUUGGCUUUCACAGAAGUUUAAAAAGAGAUUUUAAAAUAUCGAAGGUUCGUCAAUUAGACCAAAAUGAGACACAGUGGUCAAAUAAUAUGAACACACUCUCUCCAACUGAUUGUGUUAUACAAAUAUCUUUAUAUCUUUUAUGUUGGGGAGAAGCAAACAAUAUUAGAUUUAUGCCCGAGUGUUUGUGCUUUAUUUUCAAAUGUUGCAAUGACUACUAUUACGCCUUAGAUACAGAAAAGCCUAUCCCGAGCUCGAGCUGUAACUUUUUAGAUCACGUCAUAACUCCACUUUACCAAUUUUAUCGGGAUCAAUCUUAUAAGCGAUGUGAGGGAGAUUAUUAUCAUACGGAUAAGGAUCACGAAGAUACUAUUGGAUAUGAUGAUAUGAAUCAGCUCUUUUGGCACAGAAGAGGCUUGGAAAGAUUAACGGUUCAAGACGGAAAAGUACAAUUUAUGAGUCUAACUCCCAAACAAAGGUAUCUAUUGUUGCAUGAAAUUGAUUGGAGUAAGGCAUUCUAUAAAACAUUCAGAGAAAGACGAAACUGGUCCCAUGUGUUUGUGAACUUCAGUAGGAUAUGGAUUAUUCAUAUAACUGUCUUCUGGUAUUUCACUGUAUUUAAUGCCUCGUCGAUGUAUAUAAAUAACGACGGAGCUCAAAUGCCUUUAAAAGCUAUUCAAUUUCGUUUAGCUUUCAUGUCUUUAGCGGGAGUCUUUGCCAUAUUAAUGUGCAUUGUGAGCAUCUUUAUUGAGUUGUAUUUGGUGCCUAGAAGAUGGCCAGGUGCGCGACCUGUAACUAAAAGGCUACUUUACCUAACAUUAGCUCUUAUUGCCAAUGUGUAUCCAACUAUACACUUAUGGAGAGAUUUUUCGACGGGGCUAACAAGUAAUUUAGGAUUAGUUAUAGCAGUUUCUCAAUUUGUGCUUUCUGUUAUCAUGGUUGUUUAUUUAUCUGUUGCUCCAUUAGGGGCUUUAUUUACAAAUGUGUCACAAUCUAAAGAUAGAAACCUUUUGCUGAUGAAAUAUUUUGUUGGUUCCUUCCAUUCUCUUCGUGGUUCUGGUCGACUUUCCUCGUAUGGGUUAUGGAUUGCAAUAUUUACUUCUAAAUUUACGGAAUCUUACUUUUUUUUGACACUUUCACUUCGAGAUCCUAUUAUAGUGCUCAGUAAUAUCAAAAUGAAUGGAUGCGACUCUCUGAGUUGGUUAGGCAGUUGGGUGUGUUCCCAUCACUCAAAAAUAUUACUCGGAUUGAUAUGCUCAACUGAUUUAGUGUUAUUUUUCCUUGACACUUACUUGUGGUAUAUCAUCUGGAACACCAUGUUCUCAGUUUGCCGUUCCUUUUAUAUCGGUGUUUCGAUUUGGACACCUUGGAGGAAUAUAUUUUCUAGACUUCCUAAACGAAUAUUUUCGAAGUUAAUCGCAUCUCCGAAUGAAAGAAAUAUCAAGGCCAAGCUAUUAGUUUCUCAAAUUUGGAAUUCAAUAGUCAUUUCAAUGUAUCGAGAGCACCUAUUGUCAUUGGAACACGUCCAGAAACUUAUAUAUAAACGAAUUUCCUUGAGCUCUGAUGGUCGCUCAUUCUUAAAAGAACCGACAUUCUUCAUAUCGCAGGAAGAUCAGUCCAUGAAGUCAUCUCUAUUUGAUGAACGAUCCGAAGCACAAAGAAGGAUUACUUUCUUUGCUCAAUCAUUGUCUACCCCAAUGCCAGAAGUGGGAGCUUUACAUACAAUGCCUUCCUUUACUGUAUUAAUUCCUCAUUUCAAUGAAAAGAUUAUACUCUCUUUAAAAGAAAUUAUAAGAGAGGAAGAGAAGUAUUCAGACUUGACAAUGUUAGAAUAUUUGAAGCGGCUUCAUCCCCUAGAGUGGCAUUGUUUUGUUAAGGACACUAAAAUGUUAAUGGAGGGAUAUGAUAAUACAUUAUCAAGAUUUGAUUUAAAGAGUGGCUUAGAUGACUUAUCUUAUUAUUCCGUGGGGUUCAAAAUUGCCACACCAGAAUAUAUUUUGAGAACAAGGAUCUGGGCUUCUUUACGGUCACAGACCUUAUAUCGUACGAUAUCUGGGUUCAUGAAUUAUUCAAGAGCUAUCAAACUUUUAUUUGACGUUGAAAAUCCUGAUAACGAUAACUUUGAAAACGACGAGUCAAAAUUGAACUUAGCAUCGGCUAUGGCUUUAAGGAAAUUUCGUAUGGUGGUGUCCAUGCAAAGGUUUAGACAGUUCACAACCGAAGAAAAGGAGAACGAAGAAUUUUUAUUACGAGCUUAUCCUGAGCUUCAGUUAUGUUACUUAGAUGAAGAAGUUGAUCCCCAAAGUGGCUCACAGGCAUUUUAUUCUGUCUUGAUUGAUGGGAGCUGCCCAAUUAUGGAGAAUGGUGAACGUGUACCUAAAUAUAAGAUCAAGCUCUCAGGAAACCCUAUUUUAGGAGAUGGUAAAUCGGACAACCAAAAUAAUGCUUUGAUAUUUACUCGUGGUGAAUACAUUCAAUUGGUUGACGCAAAUCAAGAUAACUAUUUAGAAGAAUGUCUUAAGAUUAGGAACGUAUUAGCCGAAUUUGAGGAGAUGGUGGUUCCUCUAAACCCUUAUUCUGUGGAUUUGAAAGGAACUGACUAUGCUCAUCCUGUUUCAAUAAUUGGAACUAGGGAGUACAUCUUUUCAGAAAAUAUUGGGAUUUUAGGAGAUAUUGCCGCUGGUAAGGAGCAAACAUUUGGGACUUUGUUUGCCAGAACAAUGGCUCAUAUAGGUGGAAAAUUACACUAUGGGCACCCUGAUUUCCUCAAUAGCGUCUUUAUGACAACAAGAGGUGGUGUAUCGAAAGCUCAAAAGGGAUUAAAUUUGAAUGAAGAUAUAUAUGCUGGAAUGAAUGCUUUACAGAGAGGAGGAAGAAUAAAGCACUGUGAAUAUAUACAAUGUGGAAAAGGUCGAGAUUUAGGCUUUGAAUCAAUUCUAAACUUUACGACAAAGAUUGGAGCUGGUAUGGGCGAACAGAUGCUUUCAAGAGAAUACUUUUACUUAAGUAGCGAGCUCCCCCUUGACAGGUUCCUUUCAUUCUACUAUGCUCACCCUGGUUUUCACUUAAACAACGUGUUCAUUGUUCUCUCUAUAAAGCUUUUCUUGUUGGUAGGAAUCAACCUUGCUGCUCUCACCAAAACCUCAGUUAUGUGUGAUUAUCCGACUCCAGAUGCAAAUGCUCCUCAACAUCCCGUCGGCUGCCAAAAUUUAAUGCCCGUUGUUAAGUGGCUCAAAAGAUGCAUCUUUUCUAUUUUUAUCGUUUUUGGGAUAUCCUUUUUGCCCUUGUGGGUUCAGGAGCUAUCUGAGAGGGGGCUUUACAAAGGAAUUAUCAGGUUAGGAAAGCAUUUUGCAUCUUUUUCACCUCUUUUUGAAAUAUUCGUAUGCAGGACAUACGCUCAAUCACUAGUCACCGAUUUUGCACUAGGUGGUGCUCGAUACAUAUCUACUGGUAGAGGAUUUGCGACUGCAAGGGUAUCUUUUGCAACAUUAUACUCAAGGUUCGCUAAUGAAUGUUUAUAUUUUGGAAUAAUUUCGGCAUUAUUGAUUAUUUAUUGUUCAAUUAACAUGUGGAUUUUACCACUUAUCUAUUUUUGGUUCACCAUAUUUGGAUUUUUAAUUUGCCCCUGGCUCUUUAAUCCUCAUCAAUUUUCUUGGAGAGAGUUCUUCCUUGAUUAUGGUUUUUUUUUGAAGUGGUUGAGUAGAGGCAACUCUGAACCUUGCAACUUUUCGUGGAUAAAUUUUACUAGAUUGGCUAGAAGUCGUAUAGUUGGGGUCAAACAGAAAGGAGCUGCUGACUCAGGAAGUAUAAAGGUUAUCAAUGAUAUUAAAAUAUCGCGGUUGAAGUUUAUAUCUGACCUCUUUUUUACAAAGCUGCUGAGUAUUGUUUUGAUAGGAACUGCAUAUUUCUUUUCUAUCUCACAUGUCAAUGGAAGUUCACCAGAAAAGCCAUUGAACGUCAUGAUAAUGCUUCUAGUGAUUACAUUACUCCCAAUAAUUGUUGAUAUGUUGAUUUUGGUCCUCUUUUGUGUCUUAUCGCUUCUACUUGGAUCUAUCAUUAAGUUCUCAUUUAACAGUUUUUCUUCAGUCAUAGCAAAUACCGUGCAUAUUUUAGCUGUAUUGAAUCAUCUUAUAUUCUUUGAACUUCUUUGGUUACUACAUAGAUGGGAUUUUUCAACAAUGGUGCUUGGCCUAGCUCUCUCCUUGUUAAUCCUGGGAUGUAUACUUGAUACUUUUAUCGGAAUGUUCGUCAGUAAGGAAUUCAGACAUGAUCAUUCAAAUAGAGCAUGGUGGUCCGGUAAGUGGGCAGCAGAUUUCCAUGGUUGGGAUGUUAUCAACCAACCCAUUAGGGAAUUCAUUUGCAAAACCUCAGAACUUAGUUAUUUUGCAAGAGAUGUUGUGGUUGGUCAUCUAAUUUUAUUUUUGCAGCUUCCUAUCAUAAUAGUACCUUAUGCAAACCAGUUGCACUCUUUGAUGCUUUUUUGGUUGAGACCAUCCGAACUUACGCGUUUUCACGUAGUUCCGAAACUGCAACAAAGAUCAAAGAGGCUAAGGGUUUUGUUGUAUGCAACUAUAUUUCUUUUAGCAUUCAUUUUCUUUAUGAGUUUGUUGGUUUUACCAAUUGUUUUCGUUAAGGUAUACCAUGUGGACUUUGAAGAUUAUGUACCAACCACUAUAAGGGAUUUAAUUUAA